AUGAUGAGUGAUAGCGAUCGACUGUUUGAUAUCGAUGAUGGUAUGGACGGUGUAGAUGACUUCAUUUCAGAGCCUAAUCCUUUCGAAGAGCAUGCAAAUACGAGCCAUAAUAAAUAUGGUUCUGGGACAGGAGACAAUAUUAUGGGCGAUGAAUCUGGUAAAACAGUGAAUGACUUGCCCCCAGCAUAUGAUAACACAAUUGCUUUGGAACCACAAAGGGUUGCACCUGAUAGAGAUGGAUCUAUUCCACAAGGGAAGUUACCACCUGGAUUACUCAAUUACUAUUCACGUUACUUUCAAUUAAGUAAUGAAGGUUUGAAGAAGAGAAUUAUGUACCCGAGAUCUUUUUACCAGGACAGCAGAGACCCAGAAGAGCAGAACUUCGAAAUCGAUGACGAGGACGAGGAUGAAGCCAGUGUUUUAAGUGACUUAUAUGGUCCCGUGUGGAUUACCGCGACAGCGGUCAUGGCCAAAUUUGUGGUGGUUACAUUGGUUGAAAUAGUUAAAGAUGGUUUGGUCUUGGGUGUUCCCAGGCAAGCUGCCGAAGAUGGAUCCUACCUUCCAAGCACAUUUUGGGAGAAACAAUUUGUGAACCUAAUUCACUCGAUUUGGUUGUACUAUGCGCAUACUUUCAUCUCUCCUUUGCUUAUUUACAGAGGGUUUCAAAAUCAUUACGAUGGUAUGAAAAUGAAGUCGAGGUAUGAGCUCAUCUCGAUAUAUGGUUACUCGAAUUUGAUAUGGGUUUCUAUUAGUGUCAUAUUAGGAGUUUUAGAAGGGUUCAGUCAACCAGUUGCAAGAUCUACUAAAUGGUUGGAAUUCAUUAUAUUUGGUUUGGGAUUGAUUCCAGUCUUUUUCUACAUUUUAAGAGAGAGCAUGUAUAGGAUACAAAAUAAGGUCGUUCCAACUUCAGAACUUUUUAAAGAGAUUUACAAAGUACCAUUUGUGGUUGUUUUGUUUCUACUUAUUGUAUUUUGGUUGAUUUAUGGGAUCUUAAUACUCAUAUAG